GUUUUACAUUUCCAAACACUAAGGUCACCUCUGGCGAUGGCUUUUCCCAAGUUGUCAUUGAGUUGGCUAGGUUAUCCCCUCUUGCAGAGAUUCCCAAUAUCCAUCAAAUGGACAAGGGGAAAGGUACAGAUCCUAGGGCCAACGAGGAGAACAAGCGCACC